GAGGGGGAGAGGGGGAGGGCACUGUAUUUCAGAAAUUCCAUAUUCCUCUGAACGGGCCAAAGGACAAACAAAAUAAAUCAAUGACGACGAAAGGAAGCCUCGUUUGUCGCCAGUGCAGCCAUGGAACAGUACUUUAAAACAAGAGCUUUUUGCUAUUUCACUCACUUUGCAACAAAACUUCACAUCACAAACACAAAACCCUUCUGAGUUUUCUUAAACUCCUCUCCUUUGAUGGAUUAGCUAGGAGGAGGCUCCAGCCAACCACUACCAUUUCAUAAACUUUUCUGGACCCAGUGAGGAAUUUCCAUCUCGUUUGAACUUGGUCGGUUAUUUAUUGGAGGAACUAACUAGUUACUUUUUCUGAAACCAUCUGUUCAGUUGACCCGAUUCGUAUCACAUUUACCCGGAUUCAUGAUUAAUUUUAGUUGUGUGCUGUACGUAAACACCAAAGUAAGGUCUGUGAAAUUACAGGUCUGGUACUUCUGACCUUGUGAAAGAGCUAGGUCACAUGGUCAGGGCAGUUCCGGCAAUUAAUCUUCUGCAUCAGCUGAUUGUUUUUAUCGUUAAGUGAAAAAAUGGCGCAAGACGAUGGGUCACCAGUAACUUCAUCACCCCUGCAGUUCUUUCCCUGGCUAUCUCCUGGGAUGGGAUCUCCAUACUCACCAUGGCUCAGGGAGCUAAAAUCUGAGGAGAGAGGUUUAUGUCUGAUCCAGCUUCUUUACGCAUGUGCUAGCCAUGUCACUUCUGGUAGUAUUGAGAAAGCAAAUUUUUGGCUUGACCAGAUUUCUCAGCUCGCCUCUCCUGAUGGCGAUUCAAUGCAGAGAAUAGCUGCUUAUUUCACCGAGGCACUUGCUAACCGGAUGCUUAAAGGUUGGCCCGGUCUCCAUAAAGCGCUUCAUUCAACGAAAAUAUCAUCAGUCUCAGAAGAAAUUAUUGUUCAAAGGCUGUUCUUUGAUCUCUGUCCUUUCCUAAAGGUUGCGUAUGUAGUCACAAAUCAGGCCAUAGUGGAAGCCAUGGAAGGGGAGAAGAUGGUUCAUAUUAUCGAUCUUCAUUCAUGUGAGCCCGCUCAGUGGAUUAAUUUGAUUCAAACACUGAAUGCGCGACCUGAAGGCCCUCCCCAUUUGAGAAUUACGGGCAUUAAUGAACAAAAAGAAGUAUUAGACCAAAUGUUCCUUCAGUUGACAGAAGAAGCCGGAAAUCUGAACAUCCCAUUUCAGUUCAAUGCUAUAGUAAGCAAGUUAGAGAACCUUGACAUCGAAAGUUUGCGUGUCAAGACUGGAGAGGCUCUUGCAAUCUGCUCCGUUCUGCAGCUACAUUCGUUCUUGGCAAGUGAUGAUGAUCAAAGGAGGAAAUCACCAUUAGCAUCUAAGAACCUGCAGAAAGUCUUGCAUAUGAAUAAACUCACUUUGGGAGAAUGGCUGGAGAAAGAUCCAAUCAGUGCAUAUAACCUGAGUCCCGACACUGCUUGGUCCCCGCUAUCAGGUGCUUCACCAACGGGGAGUUUUUUAACUUCUCUUUGGGGCCUUUCGCCAAAACUAAUGGUAAUAACCGAGCAAGAGGCAAACCACAAUGGCCAUACAUUGAUGGACAGGAUCAUGGAAGCAUUGCACUUUUAUGGAGCACUUUUUGAUUGCUUAGAGUCUACAGUAUCAAGAGCACCAAUGGAGCGACAAAAGGUUGAGAAGAUGCUUUUCGGAGAGGAAAUAAAAAACAUCAUAGCAUGUGAAGGAACUGAGCGCAGGGAGAGGCAUGAGAAGCUUGAGAAGUGGAUUCUAAGACUUGAGUUGGCAGGGUUUGGCAAGGUGCCCUUGAGCUACAACGGAAUGUUGCAGGCUAGGGGGUUCUUGCAUGGCUAUGACGGGUAUAAGAUUAAAGAAGAGAAUGGAUGUGUGUUUAUUUGCUGGCAUGACAGACCUCUUUUUACGAUUUCAGGCUGGAGAUCUAGGAGAUAAGAAUGAUAUGUUGGUCGACCAUGCGGGGAUUGAGUAAAAGUGUACCUUUUUCUUGUUUGUGUAAAGGAUUUUAAGCAUUUCUUCCUAUCCAACUGCAUAGUGUCUUUCUCAGAACGCUUUGGAGAAUUUAUUCUCUCUUUUUUCUGUCGUUGUUAAUCUGUAUGCUUUUUAGAUCUCUAUCUAUAUUAAACAUGGUGUUGUGUCUCUGGCAUAUUUUCUUUA